AUGACAGAAGUUAAACCUCCUCGAGAGUCUUUGGUCAAAUACGAAAAUCCCAUUGAAGUCAGCAAUGCCAAUGAUGCCUCCAGGACCUUGCAAGGCAAAAAGAAAGCACAACUCUCACCUUUGGAAUCUAAGCCUAAUACAGAAGAUAUCUUAAAUGCGAUCCUGCCUCCAAUUGAAUGGGAUCAUGAUGGAAAACAUUAUAUUCAAUAUGUUUCACAUGUCCCAGCUACAAGGGAAGAUGUUGGAAAUUUGCAAAAACUAUUGGAUGAGAGAUUGUUGGCAAGAUAGGCUAGGUAAGAGACUGGAAUCUGUCCCAUAAGGGAAGAAUUGUUAAGUUAAUGUUUCGAUGAGAUUAUAAGACAAGUUACAAUUGAUUGUCCAGAGAGAGGACUAUUAUUAAUGAGAGUGAGGGAUGAGCUAAAAAUGACUAUUGCAGCGUAUUAAACUUUAUACAAUUCCUCUGUUACAUUUGGAAUGAGAAAAUAAUUGUAAGCAGAAAUGGGCAAGAGUGAAUUAGAAGAAAAGAUAGUUUAAUUAGAGCAGAGGAAAUAGAAGCUGGAAGAAAAGAGGAUUGAUUUGCUUAAUAAAAAGGAUUCCUUGGAUAAGAAAAUUAAAGAAAGAAAUUAGAUUGAAGAAUAAAAGAGAAAAUAAGAAAUCGAAUUUCUCAAAUAUUAAGGGUAACAUUUGGAAGCCUUCUUAAAAUCAGUUUAACCUGAGUUGAAGUGA